GGUCUGCGCGGAGUGUCUGCGGGCCGGGGGGGCCCCGUUCUCUUCCUGGGAUGAGCCCCAGCCCGGGGACCUCCUUGUGACCCCUCCAUCCCUCUCCAAGGCCGGGGCCGCUCCCCGGAGCAGCGAAUCGUCCCGCGAGACCAGCGCCCCCGGCCCCCUCUCCCGGGGCGGCCUGGACCCCUCCCGGCGGCCGGGUGGUGGGAGGAGUCAGCGCCGGGCGGGGGAGGGGCGGCCGGGGCACGAGAGAGGGGCGCCGCGGGUCCGGCGGCUGGAGAGGGGGGCCCGGAGUGCAGGCCGCGGAGUCGGCGCUGGCGGGGGGGGACCCCGGGGCGCCCCCGGGCGGCGGAAAGCGGGCGCGCCCCUGGCCAGGCCGGGAUUGGGGCGGGGCGCGCGGCCUCCCUGUGGGGAAGCGGUCACCCGGCCUCGCAGCCGCCGCCGCCAAAGUUUCCCGGAGGAGCCGCGGGCCGCCCUUCCUCUCCGGCCCCGCGCGCUGCCGCCCCUCAGGCCCGCACCGCCCCGGGGCGCCCGGCCCGGCUCCAUUGAGCGCAACUCGGAUCCCAACUUGGGAGGCGCCGCGGGCCUGCGCACGCGCGCGCCCUCCCAGCUGCUGCUGCCGCCGCCGCCGCCGCCGCCCACUCGGGAGCAGCUCCGGGCCGAGCCGGGCGCCCAGACCCCGGGCCCGCACACCCCGCGCCGCCGCCCGUGCCCGCGCCCGCCGCCCGCUGCCCGCUGCGCCCUCGCCCCAGCGCCCGCUGAGCGCGCCCGCCCGCGGCCCAGGCUGGGCCCGGCCGGCCCGGCCCUCGACAGCGGCAAGUUUGGGAGUUGCACGAGUUUGCGGGGCGGGGGACAGGCCAGGAGGGCGGCCAUGGAGGAGGAGCGUGGGUCGGCGCUGGCGGCCGAGUCGGCGCUGGAGAAGAACGUGGCCGAGCUGACCGUCAUGGACGUGUACGACAUCGCGUCGCUUGUGGGCCACGAGUUCGAGCGGGUCAUCGACCAGCACGGCUGCGAGGCCAUCGCGCGCCUCAUGCCCAAGGUCGUGCGCGUCCUGGAGAUCCUGGAGGUGCUGGUCAGCCGCCACCACGUCGCGCCCGAGCUGGACGAGCUGCGCCUGGAGCUGGACCGCCUGCGCCUGGAGAGGAUGGACCGCAUCGAGAAGGAGCGCAAGCACCAGAAGGAGCUGGAGCUGGUGGAGGAUGUGUGGCGAGGGGAGGCGCAGGACCUCCUCUCCCAGAUCGCCCAGCUGCAGGAGGAGAACAAGCAGCUCAUGACCAACCUCUCCCACAAGGAUGUCAACUUCUCAGAGGAGGAAUUCCAGAAGCAUGAAGGCAUGUCAGAGCGGGAGCGCCAGGUGAUGAAGAAGCUGAAGGAGGUGGUGGACAAGCAACGUGACGAGAUCCGCGCCAAGGACAGGGAGCUGGGCCUGAAAAAUGAGGACGUUGAGGCUUUACAGCAGCAGCAGACACGGCUGAUGAAGAUCAACCAUGACCUUCGGCACCGGGUCACGGUGGUGGAGGCCCAGGGGAAAGCCCUGAUCGAACAGAAGGUGGAGCUGGAGGCAGACCUGCAGACCAAGGAGCAGGAGAUGGGCAGCCUGCGAGCAGAGCUGGGGAAGUUGCGAGAGAGGCUGCAGGGGGAGCACAGCCAGAAUGGGGAGGAGGAGCCUGAGACGGAGCCGGUUGGAGAGGAGAGCAUCUCCGACGCAGAGAAGGUGGCCAUGGAUCUCAAGGACCCCAACCGCCCCCGGUUCACCCUGCAGGAGCUGCGGGACGUGCUGCACGAGAGGAACGAGCUCAAGUCCAAGGUGUUCUUGCUGCAGGAGGAGCUGGCUUACUAUAAAAGGUUUCCACACGAGACCACAAGCAACAUGAGACCAGAAGUCUUAUUUAUCUUGUCCAUGGCUAAGUUCCCAGCACUUAGAAUGGAGCUUGGCACACAUGAAGAAAUGGAAGAGGAAAACCGAAUACCCCAACCCCCACCCAUCGCCCACCCGAGGACGUCCCCCCAGCCGGAGUCGGGCAUCAAGCGACUGUUUAGCUUCUUCUCCCGAGAUAAGAAGCGCCUGGCCAACACGCAGAGAAACGUGCAUAUCCAGGAGUCCUUUGGACAGUGGGCAAACACCCACCGCGAUGACGGUUACACAGAGCAAGGACAGGAAGCCCUGCAGCAUCUGUGACGUUGGCCCAUCUCCACGCUCCAACCUGGACUGCCCGCCACCAGCGCCUGCAACCGAACUGCAGCCCAGGGGUCAUUGCUGCCUCAAGCCUCUCGGUGCAGACGCACCCUGAAAACUGACCCCUCAAACAGACUGUCUGAUUUGAGGAUGGACAUUGAAAAACUGACGCCAAACUCUAAAGAAAUGUUUAUUUAUACCCAGGGCUAUCACUGUUUCUAAUAGAUGACUCUGAUCCCGUAGGAUAUAUAUUUAAUAAUCCCACAAACGGAGGCCAGACUUCUGCGUUAACUUCAGUAACACAAGCUUCUUUAAGCCAAAUACAUCACUUGCCACUAUCA